CGACAAGGUGUGUCAGGUGGAUGGAGUGUCUCAUACCUACAUUCUAUCCUAUUAGUACCUUUAUCGUCGCGUAUUGACGAAGGAACAUGCCUUCAGUUUAUACCGCACAAUCGUUUGGCGCAUAUUACAAACUGGAACCAUUUUCAUGUUCAGUUGUUCGCGGCAGCAUAUUGUAUCCCAACGAUGGAUCCUAUCAGCAUUGCGGCGUCAGCAGUAUCGUUUACCACAUUUGCCUUUCAAGUUGCGAAGUGUAUUUACUCGGUCCAACGGUGCUUCAAGGAGAUUAAAUAUGCGCCAAAAUUGAUUAAGAAAAUAUAUCACGAACUCAAACUGUUUGAAAGCAUUGCUCGCCAGCUUUCCACGCUCGACGCAUCUCGAAUCAGCGAUGAGGCCGCGCAAGGGUUUACCCAUGCCAUCAGGCAAUGUAUCCAUAUCAUGCAUAGCCUCUAUGAAGUACUAGGAAAGUACGACUUUGAGAUGAACGAAUGUGGACCAAAGAAGUUGUGGAAGCAAAUCGUGGCGGCGGACAAGAAACAGGAAUUUGAGGAGUACUUGAGAACGCUUGAGAGGACGAAAUCUUCCCUUAACGUUUCUAUGGCAGGUAUACAAUUGCAAUUGACAGAGGUACACUCGAAGCACAUUGAAAGGUCUCUGGACCGUAUCCAAACCAGUAUCUCCUCCUUAAGCUCAAUAUCGAACUUGACGUACACCAAUACCAUUUAUAUCAAACAAGGAAUGGAAGAUGUCACACAAAUAAUCAAGAGUGUUGAUCAGUCGAUUCAAGACCUGCGGUCGGACAUGGGUUCGCUGGUAGAAGAAAGCAUGCAAAGAGUUUGGGAAACAAAAUUCAAGGAUUGGAUGGAGGGCAUCAAAUUGCUGAAGGCAGAGGAAGGAGGCGUCAUAAACUCUGGGAGAACGGACUCUCUUUUGCAAUAUACCCAGCUCGACAAGAAAAUGCCUCUUAGACCCACUCAAUAUAGGCAGAUCUGCUCGAACAGCAGUAAGUUUGGACUCGCGACAGCCGAGAGCCGAUACUCUCCUUUAGAAAAAACGUUCCAGUAUUUACCUCAGGGUGUGAUUGAGAGGCAGGCAAAAAGCGGCACAUGCGUCCGAAGGAAGUUGUAUUGUCGAAAUUUCACCCUCCCUAUCGGAUUCAUCCAGACGAGAACGAUCCAAAAAACAUUUCGAUACUCAGGUUCGAGUACUAAGGAGGAAAGGGAGAUAAUCCGUGUGGAAAUCUCAGUGGUUCCUUUCCAGUGGCUGUCUAGCCGCGGCCACAUAUAUUCCAUCGAGAAGGUCUACGACCAAUACAACAGACCUUCCUGGACAUACACCCCGCGAAUAUACAACAUUCUUCCUAAGAAUGCAACGGUCUUUUCCGCAUGCCAUAAUCGAGAUGUCGACAUGGUAAGGAGGCUUUUCCAGUAUCAAGAAGCCUCUCCAUUCGAUGUUGAUUCCGACGGUAGAAGUCUGAUGGCUUUUGCAUUAGACGAUGCUCUAGACCAUGAUAGCAGGCCUAUAAUCAACAGCCUCGAAGUGGUCAAGUUCUUGAUAGGACAAGGCGCAGAUACCACGCCAUUUAUAUCGGAGUUUCUAGUUGGCUAUAAAGAGUUCUCGCACGAAUACUUCUCGACUGACAGUUCGGACGAGUUCACAUAUGAAUCGGACGUUACUAAAAUCCUACACGAGAUCUGGAGACUCUCAUUGGAGCAUUGCCAGACAGAUCCGUUUGCAGACUUCAAGGUGCUUGAAAAACUAUGGGAUGCAUCGCUUGGUGGCACAUACAUUCCUCCUCUGGACCCAGCUUACUUGUUCCAAGAGAAAUAUACAGGCUUCGACGACCUUGUGUAUGAGAGGCCGGAGCUGGUAUUCGCCGAUCUCAUGUGUGGCAAGAACUGUUGGGGAAGCGGCUCGGACGAAACAUGGCGGCGACUCAUCGAUCAAUCGUACGAGACGUUGGUAUAUGUCUGUAACGGCGGUGAACACAGUAUCAAAUCCCAGAUCUUUGCAAAGUCCUACACGCCAGGAGAAGUCAAGAAGGAGAACAGCUGUUUCUGUCCCACAACCCCAAGCCAUCUUCUCUUGAGGCUCCUAGGCGGGACUCGAUUCCCUAUCCAUCAGAAGUCUCGGCGGAAACCUUUGCGUCGGCACAUCCACCGUGUCCUAGUACUCCUUCUGCAGAAUGGCGAAGACCCAGAAGCAACGUGCUCCUGUAAAGGCUAUUGGGAACGUGGUUGGCAAUCACCAAGAGAAGAUCGUUCUGCGACAGCGCUUGCGGCGAAUGCUGGUGUCCUUGAUGUCUGGUUGAGUGCAUUAGAGGACACUGGCUUCGAUGCCACAAGGAUAUUCGAUGAGUGGCGUCUCGAAGGGUUUACGAAGGUUUUCGAGAUCCAGGAAGAGAGCGUGGGCAUUUUGUCCAAAGGCGUGUGGUGGGUUGGAAAUACCCUUUUGGAUACGAUGAGAAGCGUCGUAUAGAUAUUUCCUUCGUCUUUUUCUACUCCCUUUUAAUUCUAGUCCUCUUUUAGGGGUUUAAAGAUUUUUUUCUUUUUCUUCCCAGACUUUUCAGACAGGCCCCCACAAUUCAGCUUCAGAGAUGUUGUCCUCGGCUCUGCACCUGAUGCGACCCUAGCCCCGGCUUGGUCCAUAGACUAACGAAACCUUGGAACUUCCGGUUGAUCAUUCGUUCCUCGUGCCU